AUGCAAACGAGCCCCACGCGUCCGGUGCGCCUUACGGUGCCCUCAGCGCAGCACCUCGACCCGACGCUACCGCCAGGGGUCAUCGCCGUCAUCGUCGAGCACAUUGGCGACAACGACACGCUCCUAUCGUUCCUAUCGCUAUGGCCCGAGAAGCACUUGACGCUACCGCUCCAGGCACUUCGGCAUCUCCUCGGCCACAUCACGAGCCAGCUCCGCGUCGCGUGGCCUCUCGUCCAUGUUUUAGAAGACAAUUUGGACGAACAGACAAUGGACUAUCUCUACGGGACGUUUUCGUUGUCGCCACAGAUCCACAUUGAGUAUCCGCUCGGCGACGCGGCCGACGUCGACGACGUGCUUCAAGAUUAUGGGCCGUGUCUGGUCGCCCUCAAGCUCUACUCGUCGUUCGAAGACGUCGACGAUGCCCGCGAGAUGCGCAGUAUGCUGCUCUCGGUCCCGCAUCUCCGCCGACUUGAAGUCCACCUCGUCGACCGCGAUGACGCGAUUCACGGGCUCUCGCUUCUGCUGCACGUGCUCGAGCACCCGACGCUGACGCACUUUACACUCGCCAACGGCGAAGAUCCCGUGCAGCUCGACAUUGCCUUUUCAAACCGGCUGCUCCAGUGGCUCCAGACGCGCCGCGCGGUGCCUCGCUGGCCGAAGCUGCGGUCGCUGGCGCUGGCGUCGCACCGCUGCUCGCUGUCGCAGUGCCUCUCGCUACUACGGGCCAUUGUUGGCGCGGUCAAGUGCCUCACGUCGCUAGAUUUGUCCAACGACGUCUGGUCGCGAGGUGAAAGGGACCUCUUUUGGCGAGAACUCGCAACCGUUGCAAGCGUCGACGUUGCUCAGAGCGCGAGCGAGGACACCGAAGAGCAGCAACGAACCACCGUGACAGGCACCGUGAUUGCGGACGCAUCCAACCAAGCAAUUGGCCAUCGCUGCGCUCUCAUCACGUAGCGAAUCGACAAGAUCGUAAGCCGCUUGUGCGACGCUUUCCUGUAAUUCGAGCUUUGUCGGUUCUGCCGCUUCACUGACGGCAAAGGCCAGGACCUCACGUUGUGCUUUGCACUAUGGCCUCGUG